AUGCAGGCGUGUAGCCCGGAUAUCCAUCGAUUCUUUGUGAGAUUGGGCACAACCACACUGGCGGGGGAAACUUCAUCUCCUGACAAUACUCUGAGGGCUUAUUUUGCAACCAUUCACCUGUGGUUCCCGGUCAUCCAGGAGCAAAUAUUUCGGAGACGACUUUCACAGCUGCAGCAUACCCCUCGCGCAGAAACUGCACUUCUCUUCUUGACUGUGUCCCUCAUAAUGACAGGAGAGACGGGAAUUAACGGAGGCGACGAUUACCAGAGCCAGCUCUACUAUCUCUGUAGAUACCUAUUCUCUUUUCUCCAGUCUGUUCGCCCACCGUCUUUGGAAUUAGUGCAGGUCGGGCUCUUGCUCGUGUUAUAUGAACUAGGAUCUGCUCGUUUUCAAGCAGCAUCUCUGAAUAUUGGAACUUGUGCAAGGCUAGGAUACGUGCUGAAGUUAAACACUGAUCCUCAAGAGGGCCAGGACUAUUCAUCAUGGGCUGAGGCCGAAGAGCGGAGGAGGGUCUGGUUGGGAACAUAUAUGCUGGACUGCCUGAUCAACCAGGUUGCGACGGAUUUCCAAGCGCCACGUGCGGUGGAUAAGCCUGUCAGUCAUUUCCGACUCCCAGUAGACGACCGCGAAUGGGAACAUUUCCCAGAAGGGCCCGUCCAGUGCUUCUUUCAGCCGUCCUUUUCCACGCCGCUAGACACCCCUCUCUCCUACUUCGCCCGCGAGAUUCAAGGCGUCCACAUUCUCGGCCAGGUGCAGGCACUGCAAAACUUGGCAGAUUCCGACUGCUUGCUACGCGAGUUUGGAGUACUCGAUAAUAUUUUGAUUCGUUUCAUGGAGAAGCUGUUCGAGCAAACACCCGGCAGUUGGAAGACCCUGUGCGGCGCCAACGCAAUUGCCUUGAUGGCUGCUCUCAGCCUUCACCGGAUUCGAGUGGGGUUUGGAAAUAGUAACCAGGGGGCCAUGUCAUAUUGUUCUGAAGCGUUCCAUGCGAAAACCAUGUCUAUUCUCGCGCUCUCCUCCAUCAUCAACAUGGUAUGGGACAUUUGUUCAAAAUUCAAUGAGCUCCAGCUGGGUGAUAAAAUCAGAUGGGUGCCGUUGCCGGCAGUUAUAUGUGCAGGAGAAACUGCUAUCACUGCGGUUUGGCUGAAUCGUCUUGAUCCUGGGCGAUCCCAAUUGGAUUAUGAACCUCUCCGACAAACACUUUCGUAUGCUACAAGAACCUGGGAUCUUGCAGGGAAAUAUCUCCAGCGAAUUGGAUAA